AUAAAUGACAAAGAUCUUGGGGCUUUUCACUGCCCCAGGUCCUAGGAGGAUGCAGAUGUUGCUGUCCUGGAGAUGCUGGAUAGGGGCAUCAGCCCACGCAGCCACUUCUCGGAGCCCCUAUUCCAAGUCUUCGCCUUCCUCUUCCCUUUCCUUGUUCUUUGCCUCCAUCUUCUUGUCCAGCUUGUACUUGAGGCGGCGAAUGGGGUCCGUGAUGCUUCUCCUGCUCCGCUUAUCCCAAUCCUCUGCCAGGAGGAAAUUCCUGUCCACCAGCUCGGCAGCCUCCUGCCAGCUCUGGAAGCAAGCAGGGCCCAUGCUCCGGAUCUCCUCUACGGCAUUCCCGACGAUCACCUCCCCGUUUGGCUUCAGCACCACCACCGCUGGCACCUCGGAGAUGGAGAAGCGCAGCUCCAGCUCCCUACAAGGCAAAGGGGGAAUGAGCCUCAAAGGGGAAAACCCCGGGAUGGAAACGGCUCUCCCGGCUCGCCCGUACCUGCCGAAGGCAUCCCCGAAGGGAAGGGCGAGCCAGCGCUCGGGCAUGCUCCGCAGGAACGCGCUCCGCUGCUCCUCCGUCUCAUCCCGGGACACGUAAACCAGGCCGAGCUGCGAGGCUCGGUCCACGUAGAACUCAUCCGUGAGCCGCAGGAAGAAGUCCUUGAGGAGCGGAGCGAAGCGGCGGCACCGCGGACACUGCCCGGAGCCGAAGUACAGCAGCAGGACCUUGUUGUCCAGCGCCCGCUGCAGCUCCUGCUCCGUUUCCACCUCGUCCCGUUCCCGGUUGGACACCAGGACCUUGCCCGUGAAGAGGGCGGCCAUGGGCAGAGCGCUGAGGGCUCGGGAACGGAGCCCGGUGCCGGGCACGGAUGUUAAUGACCGCGGAUCAGCCGCUAAAGAGGCUUAAAAGGGGAGCGAGGAGGAGGCGGGGCUUCACCUCAGGCGGCGGCGGAGCCGGAGGUCGGAGGCCGGAGCCGGGGGCCGGAGCCGGGGGUCGGAGCCCGGAGCCGGGGGUCGGAGCCGGGGGUCGGAGCCGGGGGUCGGAGCCGGCCUCGGAGCGCUGCCCCCGGCACCAUGCACCCGGCCGGGCUGUGCGCGGCCUCGCUGGGCUCCCUGGGGCUGCUGCGCUUCCUCGGUGCCCCGUGGCCAUGGAGCCUGUUGGCCGCGCUCGGGCUGUGCGUGUGCGGCGGAGGAUGGCGGCUGCUGCGGCUGCUGUACCGGACGGCUCCGAGGGACCUCUUCGGCCUCUCGGUGCUGGUGCGGGUCAAGUACCAGCUGCGGAAGCAUCAGCAAGCCCGGAGCACCGUCCCCAAGAUGUUCCAGGCCGUCGUCCUCCGGCACCCCGACAAAGUGGCCCUGAUCUACGAAGGCACCGGGGAGCAGUGGAGCUUCAGGAGGCUGGAGGAGUAUUCCAACGCUGUGGCCAACUGCUGCUCCCAGCAGGGCUUCCGUGGGGGGGAUGUCAUUGCCAUCUUCAUGGAGAGCCGCCCCGAGUUCGUGGGCCUGUGGCUGGGGAUGGCCAAGGUGGGCAUCGAGGCGGCUCUCAUCAACUUCAACCUGCGCCUGGAUUCCCUGGUCUACUGCGUGAGGAGCUCAGGGGCCAGAGCCCUUGUCUUCGGAGGGGAGCUGUCCUCAGCAAUAUCUGAAGUGAAUGGGAUGCUGGGGAAGAACAUGGCCAAGUUCUGCUCUGGUGACUAUAACCCAGCUCUUGUUCCUGUGGGGACCACACAUCUCGAUCCUCUCCUGAGCGCUGCAUCCAAGUCAGCCCCAGCUCAGAUUCCAGGCAAAGGUUUAGAUGAUCGGCUCUUCUACAUCUACACGUCAGGAACAACAGGAAUGCCCAAAGCUGCCAUUGUGGUGCACAGCAGGUAUUACCGCAUAGCUGCCUUUGGUUACUACGCUUACAAAAUGCACCCGGACGAUGUCCUCUACAACUGCCUCCCCCUCUACCAUUCUGCAGGGAACAUCAUGGGAAUCGGGCAGUGCCUCAUCCACGGCCUCACUGUGGUGAUCAGGAAGAAGUUCUCAGCCAGUCGCUUCUGGGAUGAUUGUGUCAAGUACAAAUGCACGAUCAUUCAGUACAUUGGGGAAAUCUGCAGGUACCUCCUGAACCAGCCCGUGCGGGAGGCAGAGGCUCAGCACCGCGUGCGCCUGGCAGUGGGCAACGGCCUCAGGCCCAUCAUCUGGGAGGACUUCACCAGGCGCUUCCGCAUCAAGCAGAUUGGAGAGUUCUAUGGGGCCACGGAGUGCAACUGCAGCAUUGCCAACCUGGACGGGAAGGUUGGGGCUUGUGGUUUCAACAGUCGGAUUUUGCCUGGGAUUUAUCCCAUUCGGUUGGUGAAGGUCAACGAGGACACGAUGGAGCUGAUCCGGGAUUCCCGGGGGCUCUGUAUUCCCUGUCGCCCAGGAGAGCCGGGAUUGCUGGUGGGGCAGAUCAACCAGCAGGAUCCCCUGCGCCGCUUCGACGGCUACGUCAGCCAGAGUGCCACCAGCAAGAAGAUUGCUUCCGACGUGCUCCGCAAAGGAGACCAGGCCUACCUGUCAGGGGAUGUUCUGGUGAUGGAUGAGCUGGGGUACAUGUACUUCAGAGACCGCAGCGGGGACACCUUCCGAUGGCGCGGGGAGAACGUCUCCACCACCGAGGUGGAAGGGACCUUGAGCCGCAUCCUCAACCAGACCGAUGUGGCCGUGUAUGGAGUGGAGGUCCCAGGCGUGGAAGGCAAAGCUGGGAUGGCAGCUAUUGCAGACCCCCAGGCUCAGCUCAGCCCCAGUCUCCUCCACCAGGAGCUGCAGAAGGUGCUGCCUCCCUAUGCCCGGCCCAUCUUCCUGCGGCUCCUUCCCCAGGUUGACACCACAGGCACCUUUAAGAUCCAGAAAACGCGGCUGCAGGAGGAGGGAUUCGACCCGCACCAGACCUCGGACCGCCUGUACUUCCUGGACCCGAAGCUGGGCCGAUACGUGCCCCUGGACGAGGGCCUCUACCAGCGGAUCCGGGCCGGCAAAGCUGCGCUCUGAGCCCCUCGGAUCCAUCCCUGCGGGUCCUCCUAACCCGGCCCCAUGGGCAGCCCCGUUCCUCACCCCCUGCCACUGCAGAGCCUCUUUAACCCCACCAGCACAGGGAGGGGGCCAGGGCCUUAUUUAUUGACCGAGGUUCCUGUGCCCAGCGUGGGGGGGGGGGGUUCAUUUUAACCCUUUUUAGCCCAUUUUUAACCGCAUUGGCCUUAGGCCGCGUUUUAACCCUUAGGGGAGGGGAGCACAUGGCACGCCCCCCCCCUCCCGGCGUUCACCUGAGGCCUUGUGCAGCCCCGUCCGUGCGAGGCCGAGCGGGUACCGGAGUAAAGCCGCCUGAGCUCU